AUCAACAAAUCUAUGGUAACGGCGAUACAGCCCUGCCAGCUGUCAGCCAUCGAUUGUAAGAACUUUUGCUGCCUUACAAAGCAGCGUUACGUACAAAAACAGUAUUUUUCGUUUCCCGCAGGAAAUCAAAAUAAUUUACUCACACUUCAUACAUAUUUGACCAAGAAUGGACAGUAAUAUACGGUACAAUAUGCCUUCACAAAUGAACAGUGAUUCAAAUGGAGAACCAUCAUCUCAGAAUGAGAUAUCGGCAUUAACAGUAGCAGUACCAGUUGCAAGAACUGAUGGGAUUAAUCAUUCAGGAAGCAUUGCUGCAGCUCAGACUUCACUUGAAAGUCGAAUGGCUGAUGGAGAAGAAAUACCACCUCCAAAGGCAGACUUUUCAGCUCCUCCACCUUAUGAAGUAGCUACAAAAUUACCUAGUUAUGAGGAAGUUCAACGUGAAAAAACUUUACAAGGAGAACCCUAUCCUCAAAUACACAUGCCUGGCAAUAUCAGAACACCACAACAACCUUUGACCAUUCUGGCUAUUGAUACUGAAGCUGCAGAAGGAGAUCCAGAAAGUGGUUUACUUGGUACUGAUUUCAUGUUCUUUACUGCAUUUUUGGUUGCAUUUCUAUUUAAUUGGAUUGGAUUUUUGUUGUUGAUGUGCUUCUGUCACACAAUUGCAUCUCGAUAUGGGGCAUUAUCCGGUUUUGGCUUAUCUUUGACAAAAUGGACAUUGAUUGUUAAACAUUCCACUGAUCUUGCAUCACGCGAAAAUUCAUGGCUGUGGUGGUUGAUAAUGGGAUUUGGUGUUUUAAUUUGUGCACGAGCAAUUGUUCAAUAUUUGAACAUUAAACGCGGAUGGAGAUUAUUACCUGGAAGUGCUCAGGAACGUUUACUCUUUUUUUAUUAAACUAUUAAAUCUGCACCUUUAUCUAACUUGGCUUUAGAACAAACAGCAUUUCUAUUUGAGGUUGUAUUUGUAUAAUAUAUAAUCUACACCCUCUGAAAAUAUUACUUUAUAUUGGCUAUAUAUUACUCUAUUAUUAGAAGAGAAGUUAUUAAAACCAUCGAGACUAUUUGCCAAAUUUGCUUAUUAUCGCGAAAAACGUGGCAGAUUAAAAAACAGAAUAAGAUAACUUUUGCACAUAACAGUUUUAUGUGUUAUUAUCACAUAGAUGAAAUAAAAUUUUUAUUGCUCAAAUAAUUGAACAAUGCUUUAAUGUGAAAUAUCAUUUAUGCAUUUGUUCAUCUAAAUAUGAAUUGCUUGAUAUGUGACAUGUAUAAGUUUAUUACUUAUAAAAUUGGUGUUGCGAAUACAAAAAUUUAUUAAAAAUUAAUCAUGUAAUCACUGUCCUAAAACAGAUAAUGAACUAUGAAAGUUCUUAUAGUGAUAUUGUGUAAUACAUUCUAGUGUUAGAUAAGCUUUUAGAAUUUUGAUUAUAUACGAUCUGUGUACUGAUCAUCUGAAUUGCUUAUUUGUAUAUUACUAUGAUUUAUAGAGGAAAUUCUUACUGAAUUUAAAAAUAGAAAUUAAUCAUAUAAAAUAUAUGUAUGUAUGUGUGUGCAUAUAUGUAUAUAUAUACACAUACAUAAAUGUAUAGAAACAUUAUUACAAAACUGUACGCAUUAUAUGUUACACUGUCAAAAAACAUCAUUGUUAUAUACUUAUUACAACAAUAUAAAAAGUUAA